AUGUCCUUUUUGACAAGUUCCCCAGUGAAGAGAACUUAUGUCCCAGGACCAGAUGACUCUGGAGUGAGUGUUCAGCUUGGUGAUCUGACUACUAUUAGCACUGAGUCUGGGGAAUUAGACCCCCUCGAUCCUGAGGAGACAAAAGAGGCUGCCAUAAAUAUUGAGGAUGCUAAAUUACUCAAACUUAGCACCGUUUUUUUUAUUGUUACAGAUGUGGAUGUAGAUUAUAUCAGCUAUGACACUUCCUCAUCAAUUAUUGAGAUUAUGAAACAGAAAUAUGGGCAUAUCCUAACACGGAUUGUAUAUGUGGUAUUAGCUGCACUGUACACCACAUUUUUCACAUCUGCUAUUGUGCUGAGUGCUAUGAAAGUAUGUGGCCACGAUGUUCGACCUCUUAUCUAUCUCACUGUUGCCGUUCUGGUGAUCAUCAUUGCCUGGUUUGUGAAAAGCAAGUUCAGGUCAGAGAUAAAAGCAGCAGUUAUAACACCCGCGGAAAGAAUAAUGCAGCAGUACUGGUACAUUUUAAAGUGGAUCUUGUCAGUAACUCCAGUUUUAGGUAUAAUUGCUAUAGUAGUGACCACUGCCUUAAAACAACCAUCAAAUCUGAUGUCCUUGGUUGGCUGGACUUUCUGUGCGGUGCUGUUGCUGGUUUGCUCCAGAGCUCCCAGAAAGGUAAACUGGAGGCCAGUUUUAGGUGGUUUUGCUUUGCAAUUUUAUUUCGCUGCUCUUAUUUUGAAAUGGGACAAAAGUUAUGAGCUUUUCAACACCAUAGGAGACAUGUUCACAAAAUUCCUCAGCUACAGCGAUUAUGGUGCCACUUUUGUGUUUGGAAACUUAGAUGACCAUUUCUUUGCUUUCAAGGUUCUUCCAGUGAUAAUCUUCUUCAGCUGUGUAAUCACCAUGCUGUACUACUUGGGUGUGAUGCAAGCCGUCAUCAGUAAAAUAGCUUUCGUCAUGAGAGUGACUUUGGGAACCACUGCUGCAGAAUCUUUGUGUGCUGCAGGAAACAUCUUUGUUGGACAGACAGAAGCCCCAAUUAUGAUUCGUCCAUUCCUUUCCAUAAUGACAAGAUCUGAACUGCAUGCAGUCUUGGUUGCAGGAUUUGCCACAAUUGCUGGGGGUGUUAUGGCUGCAUAUAUUUUAAAAGGGGUUUCUGCUACACAUUUGAUCACAGCCUCAGUCAUGAAUGCACCAGCAGCUCUUGCAGUGUCAAAACUUCUGUAUCCAGAACUUGGCCAUAGUCAGAUUGCCAAUAUGAAAAAGGCCAUUCAGGAGAAACAGCCUUUCAACAAUGUUGUCGAAGCCGCAGCUGCAGGAGCCUCUGCUGCAAUAUCCCUGGUUGCUAACGUUGGUGCCAACCUGAUCGCUUUUGUUGCGCUGCUUUACUUUGCCAACAGCCUCAUUUCCUGGUUUGGGGCAUUUGUUUGCUUCCCUGAACUCAGUUUUGAGGUGAUAUGCAGUUACGCCCUGAUGCCAUUAGCAUACAUCAUGGGAGUAGAGUGGAAAGAUGCUGGAGCUGUGGCCAAACUGAUUGGAAUAAAAACCUUUCUGAAUGAAUUUGUUGCCUAUGAUAGCCUGGCUAAAAUGAUAAAAGAACGCACUGAGUGUUCUGGUGGAUCAGUUUUGUCGGUGAGAUCGGAAAUAAUUGCAACAUAUGCCUUAUGUGGAUUUGCUAACUUGAGUUCUAUCGGCAUACAACUGGGUGGUCUUGGGCCCAUGGCGCCAAAUCGGCUGGGAGACCUGGCUCAGAUUGCAGUCAGUGCUUUGUUUGGGGGCAUCAUAACAAAUUUAAUGACAGCGUGCAUUGCAG